GCUCCAGGCGCCCGUUGCCGAGUCGUUCCUUAAACGACGCGCAGCAGCGGAGGCGGGUCGGGGAGAGGACGCGGGAGGCAGCGUCGUCCGAUCCGCCCGCAGUCCGCAGCCCCGCUGGGCCCCGAGGCCGCCCGGAUGGAGCCGCUGCUCCCCGUCGGAGCCCAGCCCCUUGCUGUUGUCGAGGGUAUGGAGAUGAAGGGGCCCCUGAGGGAGCCCUGCACCCUAACCCUAGCCCAGAGGAACGGGCAAUAUGAGUUAAUAAUCCAGUUGCACGAAAAGGAACAGCAUGUUCAAGAUAUCAUUCCUAUAAAUAGCCACUUUAGAUGUGUUCAAGAAGCGGAAGAAACUCUUUUGAUUGACAUAGCAUCAAACAGUGGCUGCAAAAUUCGGAUUCAGGGGGACUGGACCAGAGAGCGCCGCUUUGAAAUCCCUGAUGAAGAACUCUGCUUGAAGUUCCUCUCAGAGGUCCUUGCUGCUCAGAAAGCUCAGUUACAACUUCUUGUUCCAGAGCACAAGGACUCCUCCAGCUGGUACCAGAAACUAGACACUAAAGACAAACCUGGGUUGUCAGGGAUUCUUGGAUUUGAAGAUAAUUUUUCAUCUAUGAAUUUGGACAAGAAAGUCAAUUCACAAAACCAGCCUACAGGGACUCACCGAGAACCACCACCUCCACCUCCUUCUGUCAAUAGAAUGCUUCCACGGGAAAAAGAAGCCACUAACAAGGAGCAGCCCAAAGUGACCAACACCAUGCGGAAACUCUUUGUACCAAGUAACCAGUCUGGGCAGCGGGAGGGUCUCAUCAAACAUAUCCUGGCAAAGCGCGAGAAAGAAUAUGUCAACAUUCAGACUUUCAGAUUUUUUGUUGGAACUUGGAACGUGAAUGGGCAGUCUCCAGACAGUGGAUUAGAACCAUGGCUCACCUGUGAUUCGAAUCCACCUGAUAUCUACUGCAUUGGAUUCCAAGAGCUGGACUUGAGCACAGAAGCCUUUUUCUAUUUCGAAUCUGUGAAGGAACAAGAGUGGUCCAUGGCUGUAGAAAGGGGCUUGCAUACCAAAGCCAAGUAUAAGAAAGUUCAGCUAGUCCGCCUUGUUGGGAUGAUGCUCCUCAUAUAUGCCAGAAAGGACCAGUGGCGGUAUAUCCGUGAUGUUACAGCGGAAACAGUUGGAACUGGAAUAAUGGGGAAAAUGGGAAACAAAGGUGGGGUAGCUGUGAGAUUUGUAUUUCACAACACUACAUUUUGCAUCGUCAAUUCUCACCUGGCUGCCCAUGUGGAGGACUUUGAGAGAAGGAAUCAAGAUUAUAAGGAUAUUUGUGCUCGAAUGAGUUUUGUGGUCCCAAAUCAGACCCUUCCUCAGCUGAACAUCAUGAAACAUGAUGUUGUCAUUUGGUUGGGAGAUUUGAACUAUAGACUUUGCAUGCCUGAUGCCAAUGAGGUGAAAAGUCUCAUUAAUAAGAGUGACCUUCAGAGACUCCUGAAAUUUGACCAGUUGAAUAUUCAGCGUACUCAGAAAAAAGCAUUUGCGGACUUCACGGAAGGGGAGAUCAAGUUUAUUCCCACUUAUAAGUAUGACUCUAAAACAGAUCGAUGGGAUUCCAGUGGGAAAUGUCGGGUUCCAGCCUGGUGUGACCGAAUUCUUUGGAGAGGAACAAAUGUUAAUCAGCUUCAUUACCGGAGCCAUAUGGAACUGAAAACCAGUGACCACAAACCUGUUAGCGCUCUCUUCAACAUUGGGGUGAAGGUUGUGGAUGAGCGGAGGUACCGGAAGGUCUUUGAAGACAUUGUGCGCAUCAUGGACAGAAUGGAAAAUGACUUCCUUCCUUCCUUAGAACUCAGCAGGAGGGAGUUUGUGUUUGAGAAUGUGAAGUUUCGGCAACUACAAAAGGAGAAGUUUCAGAUCAGCAACAACGGCCAGGUUCCCUGCCAUUUUUCUUUCAUCCCUAAACUUAAUGACAGCCAGUACUGCAAGCCAUGGCUUCGGGCUGAACCUUUUGAGGGCUACUUGGAGCCAAAUGAGACAAUAGACAUUUCCCUUGAUGUAUAUGUCAGCAAAGACUCUGUGACCAUCCUGAACUCAGGAGAAGAUAAGAUAGAAGAUAUUCUUGUCCUUCACCUGGACCGAGGCAAAGAUUACUUCUUAACUAUCAGUGGAAAUUACCUCCCAAGUUGCUUUGGUACAUCCUUGGAGGCUCUGUGUCGAAUGAAAAGACCCAUCCGAGAAGUUCCUGUUACCAAACUUAUAGACUUGGAGAAAUCUCUUCUGCAGAUGGUUCCAUUGGAAGAUGGUGCCAGUGAGAGACCCCUUCAAGUCCCCAAAGAGAUCUGGCUUCUAGUCGAUCACUUAUUCAGAUAUGCCUGCCACCAGGAGGACCUGUUCCAAACCCCUGGAAUGCAGGAGGAGUUACAGCAGAUCAUCGAUUGUCUGGAUACCAGCAUUCCAGAGACAAUCCCUGGUAGUAACCAUUCCGUGGCGGAAGCACUGCUCAUUUUCCUGGAAGCUCUCCCGGAGCCAGUCAUCUGUUACGAGCUCUAUCAGCGAUGCCUCGACUCUGCCCAUGAUCCCCGGAUCUGCCGGCAGGUGAUUUCACAGCUUCCAAGAUGCCAUAGAAAUGUUUUCCGCUACUUGAUGGCUUUCCUUCGAGAACUCUUAAAAUUCUCUGAGUACAACAAUGUCAGUGCCAACAUGAUCGCUACCCUCUUCACUAGUCUUCUCCUGAGGCCUCCACCCAACCUCCUGGCAAGACAGACUCCAACUGACCGCCAGCGCGCUAUCCAGUUCCUUCUGGUUUUCCUGCUGGGGACCGAUGAAGACUAA